CGCGCGAAGGGACGCUGGGCCCAGAUCCUCAACAUGAGCACGAAGCGCGAGCGGCAUGGCCACGGCACCAUGCUGAUCGCGGGCCUCGAGGAGCUGCUCCGCCGCGAGGACGUCGACGUCGUGGUGCUGUACCCGGCCGAGAAUGGCCGCGCGCCCGCUUUCUGGUCCUCCAUCGGCUUCGGGAAUCGCGAGAACAGCUUCCUGCCAGAGGAGGAGCUGGUGCCCCACGACCAGGUCCGGCCGGGCACGAAGGACACGCCCGGGCCACUGCUGCCCGAGUUCGACCCCGGAACGCGGCGGCCCCCCAAAGCCACGCCGAGGGGCUCCGCCCAAAUUUUCGAGGCGGACCCGGCCGACAGCGCGAGGGCCCGCCCCUGCGCUCACAUCCCGCACGUCGCCGCCCUGGCCUGCCUGGCCUUCGCGGCGAGGAGCAGGGUGGCCACCAUCCCCCUCAUCCUGCUCAGCACCGCAGUGGAGACCAGCAGGGACGGGGUCGGACUCCAGGCACCCUGGGCGCCCUGGGCGGCGGUGCGGGGGCGUUGCGGCGCGCUGCACCUGCAGAGGGCGGGGCGCUGCGCGCAGCGCGACCGUGCCUCGGCGCCACCUCCUCCCAGGCGGUAG